AUGGGCGCCCGCCGGGGCCUGGGGCUCCUGCUGGCGGCCGGCGCCGUCCUCGCCCUCCGCCUCCCGGGCUCCGGGAAGGGGUGGAGGGGUCUGACGGGUCUUUCCUGUGCCCUCCCAGGUGCCCAGCAAAGUGCCACGGUUGCCAACCCGGGUCUGGGAGGCUCCCAGGACCUGCUGCCCCACUUCCUGGAGGAGCCCGAGGACGUGUACAUCGUCAAGAACAAGCCAGUCACCCUGGCGUGCAAGGCCUAUCCUGCCACGCAGAUCUACUUCAAGUGCAACGGGGAGUGGGUGAACCAAGCGGAUCAUGUCACCGAGCGCAGUGUGGAGAAGAGCAGCGGCCUGCCCCUGAUGGAGGUGAGGAUCGACAUCUCUCGGCAGCAGGUGGAGAAGAUCUUCGGGCUGGAGGACUACUGGUGCCAGUGUGUGGCCUGGAGCACCUCGGGUACCACCAAGACCCAGAAGGCCUACGUGCGGAUCGCCUAUCUGCGCAAGAAUUUUGAACAAGAGCCACUGGCCAAGGAGGUCUCCCUGGAGGAGGGCAUCGUGUUGCCUUGCCGGCCCCCCGAGGGUGUCCCCCCGGCCGAGGUGGAGUGGCUGCGGAAUGAGGACACGGUGGACCCGGCGGCCGACCCCAACCUGUACGUGACCCUGGAGCACAGCCUGGUGGUGCGGCGGGCCCGCCUCGCCGACACGGCCAACUACACCUGCGUCGCCAAGAACAUCGUGGCCAGAAGACGCAGCUCCACCGCCGCCGUCACUGUGUACGUGAACGGGGGAUGGUCCACCUGGACGGAGUGGUCAGCCUGCAGUGCUCGCUGCGGGCGGGGCUGGCAGAAACGGAGCCGCAGCUGCACCAACCCCGCUCCUCUCAACGGCGGGGCCUUCUGUGAGGGCCAAAACGUCCAGAAAACAGCCUGCAGCACCCUGUGCCCAGUAGACGGAGGCUGGAGCGGGUGGAGCCUGUGGUCGACGUGCGGGCUGGACUGCACCCGCUGGAGAAGCCGCGAGUGUUCGGACCCGGCCCCCCGCAAUGGCGGGGAGGGCUGCCAGGGCGCCGACCUGGACGCCCACAACUGCACCAGCGACCUCUGCGUCCACACGGGGGCCUCGGGCGGCGAGGACGUAGCCCUGUACGUGGGGCUGCUGGCCGUGGCGGUGUGCCUGGCCCUCCUCCUGCUCGUGGCAGUCCUGGUGUACUGCCGCAAGAAGGACCGCCUGGACGCGGACGUGGCCGACUCGUCCAUCCUGACCUCCGGCUUCCAGCCCGUCAGCAUCAAGCCCACCAAGGCCGACAACUCCCACCUGCUGACCAUCCAGCCGGACCUGAGCACGGCCACCAUGACCUACCAGGGCACCCUCUGCCCCCGCCAGGACAGCCCCGCGCACAAGUUCGCGCUGGCCAACGGACACCUGCUCAGCCCCCUGGGCGGUGGCCGCCACACCCUGCACCACAGCUCGCCCGCCACCGAGGCCGUGGACCUGGUCACCCGGCUGUCCAGCCAGACCUACUUCCGCUCCCUGCCCCGAGGGGCCAGCAACAUGGCCUACGGGACCUUCAACUUCCUGGGGGGGCGGUUGAUGCUCCCCAACACAGGGAUCAGCCUCCUCAUCCCUCCAGACGCGAUCCCCCGGGGGAAGAUCUAUGAGGUGUAUCUGACCCUGCACAAACAGGAGGACGUGAGGCUGCCCCUAGCCGGCUGCCAGACGUUGCUGAGCCCCAUCAUAAGCUGCGGGCCACCUGGCGUGGUGCUCACCCGACCCGCCAUCCUGGCCAUGGACCACUGCGUGGAGGCCGGCCCUGACAACUGGAGCCUCCGCCUGAAGAAGCAGUCCUGUGAAGGCUCCUGGGAGGACGUGUUGCAUCUGGGCGAGGAAGGGUCCUCCAGCCUGUAUUACUGCCAGCUGGAAGCCCAAGCCUGCUACGUCUUCACUGAGCAGCUGGGCCGCUUUGCCCUGGUGGGCGAAUCUCUGAGCACGUCGGCCGCCAAGCGCCUCAGGCUGGUGCUCUUCGCCCCCACGGCCUGCACCUCGCUGGAGUACCACAUCCGGGUCUACUGCCUCAAUGACACCCAGGACGUCCUCAAGGAAGUGAUCCAGAUGGAAAAGCAGACGGGAGGUCAGCUAAUCGAGGAGCCGCGGGUCUUACACUUCAAGGACAGCUACCACAACCUGCGGCUCUCCAUCCACGAUGUGCCCAGCUCCCUGUGGAAGAGUAAACUCCUCGUCAGCUACCAGGAGAUCUCCUUCUACCACAUCUGGAGCGGGGCACAGCCAUAUCUGCAAUGCACCUUCACCCUGGAGCGCUUCAGCGCCAGUACCAGCGACCUGGCCUGCAAGAUCUGGGUCUGGCAGGUGGAGGGGGACGGACAGAGCUUCAACGUCAACUUCAACAUCGCUAAGGACACACGGUUUGCAGAGCUGCUGGUCCCCGAGAGUGAAGCGGCGACCCCCGCCCUGGUGGGCCCCAGUGCCUUCAAGAUCCCCUUCCUCAUCCGCCAGAGGAUCAUCAGCAGCCUGGACGGCCCCGGGGCCCGCGGCGGGGGCGCCGACUGGAGAGCUCUGGCCCAGAAGCUGCACCUGGACAGCCACCUGAGCUUCUUCGCCUCCAAGCCGAGCCCCACGGCCCUGAUCCUGAGCCUGUGGGAGGCCCGCCAUUUCCCCCACGGGCACCUGAGCCAGCUGGCCGCCGCCGUGGCCGACCUGGGCCGGCAGGACGCCGCCCUCUUCGCCGUUUCCGAGGCCGAGUGCUGAGCCGUUUCGCCCCCCGGCCCGAGCGAGGGUAGGGGGGCGCCCACCGCGCAAACACCAGCCAUGGGAGAGAGAGCGGAGGGCACCUGUCAGGACUGGCACCGUCCCGUCUGCAUCGCUCCUCAACCCUCGCACGGGUAGCCCCCUGUCUCCGCAGGCCCCGGGGAGAGAGAAGCACGGUUUCGAGGGUCCAGGAGCGGCACCCCCCCACACACACCAAAAGCCAUGUCCCCGGGGGCGCCGGAGGGGGGGCACGGCCCUGCCCGGAGCCAGCGGGCACCACCGCGGUCGACUGGCCCGGGCCCACCCACGCCGCCCCUAUGGGAGUGAGCGGCGCAGACCCUCCCCACCCCAGAUACCGGGGCGGGGCCCCCUAACCUGGCCCUCUGCUCACCCCCUCCCCACCCACUAUUCAAGGGCGCCGGGGAAGAGGGGCAUGGUGCCCGGCCCGGGGGGUGCCGAGUACAAAGCUUGGCACCCCUAAUGCUACCUCUCCACCGCACGCCCUCUCUCUCUCUCUCACGCACACACACACUGUGUGGUCCCGGGUGGGAGGGAGAGUUGAGGGGGGGGGGUGGGGGGACAGCCACCCCCUUCCCUCCCCUCCCUCUCCAGAGCUGGGCAUUAUGCAAUGUUUCUAGGUCCGUUGGCCGAGAAGGAGGUGUGAGCCCACGCCCUUCCCCGCCUCCCCCUGCGCCCCCCAACUUCCCUUAUUUUCAGGUCCCUAGGGAGGGGCUCCUUCCUCUCCUCCCCUCCAUCCUAAAGCCUCAGCAAUGGGCCUGCAAGAUCCCAGAGCAAGGUAGGGUGACUCUGCGGCAGUCCAGGAGGGGAAGGGGGCAAGGCCCGGCCCCUAUCCCUCGCACACCCACCCACCCGCACACACCCCAGCUCCCCUGCCCUCCCCUCCUGCCCCAGGCCGUGCCCUCCGACCUUCCAGCACCGCAGCUGGCCCGCAGGCAAGUGCUGUGCCCGCGUGCCCUCCCCCGUCCCCUCCCUUCCCCUGCGCGAAGCGGGGAGAGGGUGUAUAUGCAAUGGGAGUCAUGCGUUGUACAUUGGCGAGUGUCCGUGUGCUGUGAGCUGUGUCUGUUUCUGGAGCCCGGCCGCUCCCAGGAACACGGCGUGUCGUGUAAAGAGCGUUUUUCUAAUUCUGUAUUCAAGUGCAUUCAAGUAUUAAACUUGGCCUUAUGUACAUACAUACUCAAUCCCGGGAGGAGGGUGUAUAGGAAUUUUAGUGGACAGGAAUGUAAAUAAAUUAUAUAUAUAUUGCUAA